CUGGCCUUCACACAAGUUCUGUCUUGGGCAGAAGAAGAACGUGCAGGUCCUUCACCAAUUCCAGCAGCAGGAAAGAAAACACUUGGAAACAUGGCUGGGAAACCUAAGUUGCAUUACUUCAAUGCCAGGGGCCGAAUGGAGCCCAUAAGGUGGUUGUUGGCAGUAGCUGACGUUGAGUUUGAAGAGCAAUUCAUUUUAUCAAUGGCAGAUCUAGAAAAGUUAAGGGAAGAUGGACCCCUGCUCUUCCAGCAAGUGCCCAUGGUGGAAAUUGACGGGAUGAAGCUGGUGCAGACCCGAGCCAUUCUCAACUACAUUGCAGAAAAACACAAUCUCUGUGGGAAGGACAUCAAGCAAAGAGCAAGAAUCAAUAUGUAUAGUGAAGGCAUUUUGGACAUAGGUGAAAUGAUCGCGGACAUGCCCUUUAAAUAUCCCGAAGCGGAGGAGAAGGAAAAGGAAAUAAAAGUGAUCCUUACGAAAGCCACUGGCAGAUAUUUCCCAGUCUUUGAAAAGAUUCUCAAAGAGCAUGGAGAAGAUUUUCUGGAGGGAAAUCAACUCUGUAGAGCAGAUGUCCAUUUGCUGGAAGUCAUUUUAGCAACAGAAGAGCUGAAGGCUGAUGUUCUCUCCGAAUUUCCUCUUCUAAAGGCUUUUAAAGCAAGAAUAAGCAACAUCCCUACCAUUAAGAAAUUUCUCCAGCCUGGUAGUCCAAGAAAACCACCCCCUGAUGAGAAGACUAUUGAAGUAGGAGUGAAAAUGUUGGUUGAGUUGAGGCAGAAGGCGGCAGCUGGUCCAUGACUGUAGCUUCGAGCAAAAUGCAAAAACUGAGAUGGGGCAGUGAUUUUAAAUCAUUCCAAAGAGUUGCAAUCUUGUACAUGGGUACAAGGUCUAGAUAAAGUGAAUUCAUUACAUUAGGAAGUUAAGUUAAUAACAAAAAGACAAACUAAAG